UAAAGAGGAAUGAAGCACUGACCCAGGCUACAAAGUGGACGAACCUCGAGAACAUGAUGCAAAGUGAAAGAGGCCGCACACAAAAGGCCACAGAGUGGAUGAUCCCAUUGAUAUGAACUGUCCAGAACAGGGGUCCUUGGUGAAUUUUGUCAUGGUUAUUUAAGGAACCUCGCCUAGAAGUCCCAACGCGCAGUUCCCCAUUGACGGGAAGGCUUGGACUCCAAGAUGAUUAUAAAGGAAUAUCGGAUUCCUCUGCCAAUGACCGUGGAGGAGUACCGCAUUGCCCAGCUGUACAUGAUACAGAAGAAGAGCCGUAACGAGACGUUCGGUGAAGGCAGUGGCGUGGAGAUCCUGGAGAACCGGCCAUACACGGACGGCCCUGGCGGCUCCGGGCAGUACACACACAAGGUGUACCAUGUGGGCAUGCACAUCCCCAGCUGGUUCCGCUCCAUCCUGCCCAAGGCGGCCCUGCGGGUGGUGGAGGAGUCCUGGAACGCCUACCCCUAUACCCGAACCAGGUUCACUUGCCCUUUUGUGGAGAAAUUCUCCAUUGACAUCGAAACCUUUUAUAAAACUGAUGCUGGAGAAAACCCCAAUGUGUUCAGCCUGUCUCCUGUGGAAAAGAACCAGCUGACGAUCGAUUUCAUCGACAUCGUCAAGGACCCUGUGCCCCCCAACGAGUAUAAGACGGAAGAGGACCCCAAGCUGUUCUACUCCACCAAGACCCAGCGGGGGCCCCUGUCCGAGAAUUGGAUCGAGGAGUACAAGCAGCAGGUCUUCCCCAUAAUGUGCGCCUACAAGCUCUGCAAGGUGGAGUUCCGCUACUGGGGCAUGCAGUCCAAGAUCGAGAGGUUCAUCCACGACACGGGCCUGCGGAAGGUGAUGGUGAGGGCCCACCGGCAGGCCUGGUGCUGGCAGGACGAGUGGUACGGGCUGAACAUGGACAACAUCCGGGAGCUGGAGAAGGAGGCGCAGCUCAUGCUGUCCCGCAAGAUGGCCCAGUUCAAUGAGGACGACAAGGGGGCCGCGGAGCUGGCCAAGGACGAGGCCACCCAGGACCAGGCCCCCAGGGAGCCCCCCCAGCCCAGCAGCAGCGGUGGGGAGCCCCUGGUGGGCAGGGGCCUGAAGAAGCAGUGGUCCACAUCCUCCAAGUCGUCCCGGUCGUCCAAGCGGGGAGCGAGUCCUUCCCGCCACAGCAUCUCGGAGUGGAGGAUGCAGAGUAUCGCCCGGGACUCAGACGAGAGCUCGGAUGAUGAGUUCUUUGAUGCUCACGAGGACCUGUCCGAUUCAGAGGAAAUGUUCCCCAAGGACAUCACCAAGUGGAACUCCAAUGACCUCAUGGACAAAAUCGAAAGCCCUGAGCCAGAGGACACACAGGACGGUCUGUACCGCCAGAGCGCCCCCGAGUUCAGGGUGGCCUCCAGUGUGGAGCAGCUGAACAUCAUCGAGGACGAGGUCAGCCCGCCGCUGGCCGUGCCGCCCUCCAAGAUCCACGUGCUGCUGCUGCUGCUGCACGGAGGCACCAUCCUGGACACGGGCGCCGGGGACCCCGGCUCCAAGCAGGGCGACACCAACACCAUGGCCACCGUGUUCGACACCGUCAUGCGCGUGCACUACCCCAGCGCCCUGGGCCACCUGGCCAUCCGCCUGGUGCCCUGCCCGCCCAUCUGCUCCGCUGCCUUCGCCCUCGUCUCCGACCUCAGCCCCUACAGCCACGACGAAGGCUGUCUGUCCAGCAGCCAGGACCACAUCCCCUUGGCCGCCCUGCCCCUGCUGGCAACCUCCUCGCCCCACUACCAGGAGGCCGUUGCCACAGUGAUUCAGCGGGCCAACCUCGCCUACGGGGACUUCAUCAAGUCCCAGGAGGGCGUGACCUUCAACGGGCAGGUCUGCCUGAUCGGGGACUGCGUCGGGGGCAUCCUGGCAUACGAUGCCUUAUGCUGCAGCAACCAGACGGCGUCUGAGAGUCAGAGCAGCAGCCGCCGGGGCAGUGUGGCCAGUGUGCAGGACACUGACCUGCUGUCCCCGGGCACGACGGUCAGUGCGGCACACGGCGGCAACCUGGAGAGCAGCCGACACCUGAGCCGCAGCAACAUCGACAUCCCCCGAAGCAACGGCGCUGAGGACCCCAGACAGCAGCUGCCCCGCAAGAGGAGUGACUCGUCCACCUACGAGCUGGACACCAUCCAGCAGCACCAGGCCUUUCUGUCCAGCCUCCACGCCAGCGUGCUGAGGAAUGAGCCCAGCUCCCGCCGCUCAAGCAGCUCCACCAUGCUGGACGGCGCAGGGGCCGUGGGCAAGUUCGACUUUGAGAUUGCUGACCUCUUCCUCUUCGGGUGCCCGCUGGGGCUGGUCCUGGCCUUGAGGAAGACGGUCAUCCCCUCCCUGGAUGUUUAUAAUGACAUUCACGUGAUCUUCCCAUCAACUAACUAUGAGAUGUUCGAAAGCACAGCCCCAUCGCACAGCCUAGAGACAUUUCUAAUCGCGGAGGACGGCUCCACACGGCUCGGGCCGCGCAUGCGCGUGAGGCUCCCAAAAGUUGCAGUUUUCCAGCUGCGGCCCGCCUGCCAGCAAGUCUACAACCUGUUCCACCCCGCCGACCCGUCGGCCUCGCGCCUGGAGCCGCUGCUGGAGCGGCGAUUCCACGCCCUGCCGCCUCUCAGCAUCCCCCGCUACCAGCGCUACCCGCUGGGGGACGGCUGCUCGACGCUGCUGGCAGAUGCACUCCAGGCCCACAACGCGGUCUUCCAAGAGCACGCGGCCCCCUCCUCGCCCGGCACAGCCCCCACUGCCCGAGGUUUCCGCCGGGCCAGCGAGAUCAGCAUCGCCAGCCAGGUGUCAGGCAUGGCUGAGAGCUACACGGCGUCCAGCAUUGCCCAGAUUGCUGCGAAGUGGUGGGGUCAGAAGCGGAUCGACUACGCCCUGUACUGCCCCGACGCCCUGACGGCCUUCCCCACCGUGGCCCUGCCCCACCUCUUCCACGCCAGCUACUGGGAGUCCACGGAUGUGGUCUCCUUCCUGCUGAGACAGGUCAUGAGGCACGACAACUCCAGCAUCUUGGAACUGGACGGCAAGGAGGUCUCGGUGUUCACUCCAUCAAAGCCGAGAGAGAAGUGGCAGCGCAAGAGGACCCACGUGAAGCUGCGGAAUGUGACGGCCAAUCACCGGAUCAAUGACGCGGUCGCCAACGAGGAUGGCCCGCAGGUCCUGACAGGCCGGUUCAUGUAUGGGCCCCUGGACAUGGUCACCCUGACUGGGGAGAAGGUGGACGUGCACAUCAUGAUGCAGCCGCCCUCGGGUGAGUGGCUGUACCUGGACACGCUGGUGACCAACAGCAGCGGGCGCGUCUCCUACACCAUCCCCGAGACCCACCGCCUGGGCGUGGGUGUCUACCCCGUCAAGAUGGUGGUCAGGGGAGACCACACGUUUGCCGACAGCUACAUCACCGUGCUGCCCAAGGGCACGGAGUUCGUGGUCUUCAGCAUCGACGGCUCCUUCGCCGCCAGCGUGUCCAUCAUGGGCAGCGACCCCAAAGUGCGGGCUGGGGCCGUGGACGUGGUGCGGCACUGGCAGGACCUGGGCUACCUCAUCAUCUAUGUGACGGGCCGGCCGGACAUGCAGAAGCAGCGGGUGGUGGCAUGGCUGGCCCAGCACAACUUCCCUCACGGCGUGGUGUCCUUCUGUGACGGCCUGGUGCACGACCCGCUGAGGCACAAGGCCAACUUCCUGAAGCUGCUCAUCUCUGAGCUGCACCUGCGCGUGCACGCGGCCUACGGCUCCACCAAGGACGUGGCGGUCUACAGCUCCAUCAGCCUGUCCCCCAUGCAGAUCUACAUCGUGGGCCGGCCCACCAAGAAGCUGCAGCAGCAGUGCCAGUUCAUCACCGACGGCUACGCGGCCCACCUGGCCCAGCUCAAGUACAACCACCGGGCGCGGCCGGCCCGCAACGCGGCCACCCGCAUGGCGCUGCGCAAGGGCAGCUUCGGCCUGCCCGGCCAGGGCGACUUCCUGCGCUCCCGGAACCACCUGCUCCGCACCAUCUCGGCCCAGCCCAGCGGGCCCAGCCACCGGCACGAGCGGACGCAGAGCCAGGCGGACGGCGAGCAGCGGGGACAGCGUAGCAUGAGCGUGGCGGCCGGCUGCUGGGGCCGCGCCAUGGCCGGCCGGCCCGAGCCGGGGGCAGCUGCGGGCCCCAAGUAGGGCUCCGGGAGCAAGGCGCUGUGGUCUCCAUGGUGCUAGGCCGGGGCGGCCCGCCCUGCCAGGAGGCCUGGCCUGGGCACGGACAGUCGGCUGGGGCCCAGCUUGUCCCAGGGCCCGGCGGAGGACACGGGGCCGCGCCACACACACACGCGCCAGCCCUGCCUCACGUGUUAGGGUCUGCAGGGUUCCAGCUUGUCGUGGAAGCUGGCAGGACGACCAGCCCGAGGAUGACGGAGGGACCAGGACCCCCCAACGUGGACUGGCCGGGAAGGCACGCCCGGACGCUUGCCCUGCGUUGACCGCCCAGCACCCUGAUGCCAGGCCUGGGCACCUCCCAUCCACUAGCUCGCCCCGACCCCCAAGUCCCCUCCCACUUGGUAGCAGCUCCAACAGGGGACAGCCUGCUUCUUGUUAACUCGAGUUACUCAACUGCUCGACCUCACUGGUUUUGCACUGAAGUUUAAGGUGGAGACCCAUCACCAUCUCCUAUGGCUACAGAUCCGUUGACGUGCGUGAAAAUUCAGCGUUUGCUGAUCCAGGACCCAUCGCCACACAGAAGGCUCCAGGGCAGAGAAUUCUUGUACAAGUAGGAGAGAAAGGCCAUAUGGUAAUUUCCGCAGCUCCACCUGGCCCGCCAGCCCAUGGCAGCCCUGGACCCCCAACCCCUUCUAGCUGCCCCACCGGGAGCCCCUUCCAGCCGAGGGCCUGGCGUCUUCUCAGCCCCAGGCAGAGCCCAGGCCGCCCGGCCGGUGAAGCCGAGGUGGGUGGCUCCUGAGAAGCCUCGCCUCGGGCUGCGGGGCCGGGACCGGCCGGGCCUACUUCUUCCGCUCCUCGCCGGCCGUCAGCCAAGGCCCCACGCCUCGGCCCCCCCUUCCACGUUUCUACACCUUUCUACUCCUCCAAUCUGAUUUCUAUGAGGUUUUUUUAAAUGAGCAAUCCUUGGCUGCUUCCUUUUCUUAACUCUUUCAGUACCAAACGCAGCCCCUCCACGUGAAAACGCCCAGCACUGUGACGGAGUCCAGCCUGGUUCUGGGUCCCAGGGCCCUGUCCCCUGCCCAGGCAGCGGGGCGUGGGCUCCCUGCCUCGCCUGACCCCUGUUAAUUCCACUGAAUUUCUACUCUGGGGUGAGUGGGGCACACACUUAGGUUUUUUUUAACACCAAUUCCGUUUCGAUGCCGAAUCUAAGAAGCCACAACUCGCUUAGUUAGCUUCAGGGCAGGCAGCCACGACUUCAUUUCCCACCUGGUAAGGACCGGGCUGUCCUGCGCGCUGGGUCUGAGCAUCAGUCCUCCCUCCCGGGAACCGACCGCAGUCUCAGCUGUGGCUCAGCCCCGGGCAGCCCCUCUGCUGCUCCUCCACCUUCUCUGAGACGGGGGAGCCUGCCGGGCCCCAGCCAGCCGUCCAGCGACCAGGCUCCUUCUGUGAGAAGCUGCUGCCAACCUGGAUACGGCCUCAGGGCCUCGUGGGCUGGGACGGGGAGGCGCACUGAUGGAUGUUAACAUUUUCCCGUGUGUAGAUAUGUACAGCCAAAGGGUCGUGUAAAUGUUCUGCAAAAGUGGGUCUGUACAGAGUGAAAGCUAUUUAUUUUGUGCAGAGAAAAAUGUCUGGAGGGAUGGGACCUUCAGGGUUUAUUCAUAUUUAAGAUGUAGCUUUUUGUUGUUGUUUCAGGCGUUAUGUAUAAAGCGACGAUUAUUUUAUGGACCAAGUUUUAAUGUAACUGUUGCAGUGAAAGUGCAAUAUCUAACCCCUUGCUCCCAGUGGGAAUCGCUUGGCCCGACAAUCACAGCCCCGACGAGGGGCCCCAUGGCCAGUGCCGCCUCCUGUCGGUCCCACCUCGCCCCAGCUCGCCUGUCGCCGGGUGAGCUGCCAUCCGGAGGAGCACCUGGAAGAGUCUCAGCCCGCCUGCAAUGAAGGCUGGGAGGCCGCCUGGCCCCAGGAGGCCGGGUGGGCAGUGGGCUCGGCCUCUCCCAGUGGGCAGCUCCCCCACGGCUCCGAGCUCCCCGCCUGCCUGCCCAGCCGCCAGCCAUGCCAAGGACAACAGCAAUAGUCCCCGGGCCUCUCCCAGCGGCCCUCAGCCAUAGAUGGCGAGGUGGGCAGCCCAGCCUCCCCGUUGACGUCUCUCUUCUCUAUCCAGGUCUGCUUCCUGACCUCCCUGAAGAUUCCUUUCGGCACAUUAUCCUCUUAAGGAAGCACCAGUUUUUCAGAAACUAAGAGAGGGAGGACAGAGUCCUUUAAAAAUACCAAAAAUGUUUACAGCAUUGGGUGCUGAGCUGCAGGGCUCAGGCCCGACCAGUCGUAACCAAAGGGUGAAGCAGGCCUUGCUGACUGCCACCCCACCCCAGGCCUGUUAGAGUAGAAGCCUUAGUCCCACUCCCACCCCCAAGCCCCCAGGACUGAGCCUCAGCCCGCCCCCCCAGAUCCCCCCACCUGCCUUCUCUUUGAUUUCUAAAGAGGGACUCAACAGAGACCCCACGCCCCCUUCCUAGCUCAGUCUGAGCUGCCUGCCCGCCCGCCCGCCACGUCGCAGUCUUCACGUCUCGGCCCCCCAUCUGUCUGGACCGAAUGUGAGUGGUGUCCUGACUUGCCCCCGCCCGCCCUUGCUGUCCCUGCUCCAUCAGGCCUGAGUGUGCUCUGUGUACUGUGUCGUUGUCUGUUACACCAAUUAAAGAAGCAGGAAGGCUU